AUGCCACAAACCACAUUCAGUUCAUUCACCUCCUCUUCGACCGCGUCCUACACCUCCAAAACGGGUGAGACCAAAACCUGGGGCCACCGCAACGCUCAGCAGUCCCAUCGCGACGCAGAGGGCAACACCUACGAACGUAGUCUGUCGCAAAACCUCGGCGAAGACCCCGUCUACGAAGAGCGCCAGUUUGACAGCCAGGGCCAUCAAAGGCUCGAAGACGGCGGAAACCACCAUGAUUUGAGGCACCAGCAGGGCCGGCGCAUUGAGGAUGUCAGCGGUGAAAAAUGA